UGAAGUUUUAUAUAAUAAAAAUGCUAUUACAUCUAAAUCUUUACCAGAUGUUGAGAUAUGUGAGGAGACGCUCGAAGAGCGUCCCAUAGGACCUGAAAAAUCUUUACUGGAUGUAAGUAAUGAUCGAGAUUCCGGCUAUGAAUGCGAUUUUAAAGAUGUCUACGAUAACGACGAAGAUGAUUCACAGAGUGAGGAUGUUGCUAAUGCAUUAAAGGGUGAUGAUGGGUUCUCCGAUGACGAUGAUGAAGGAUAUUAUUAUGAUUUAAAUACCGGUGAAACUUAUACAAAAUCAGAUCGUCGUUAUUCAAUCAGCGCAUAUUAA